AUUAUGUCAAGCCCAGAUGAAGAUGAGGUGCCAGCAAUCCAAACAGGCCCCAAGGGUGUGAUCAAUGACUGGAAGAAGUUCAAGUGUGAGGACCAGGACACCCCUCCCAGCAAGAAGGAGCUCCUCAGACAGAUGUCCAACCCCCAGAGCGAUGACAUCCCAGACAGACUCAACCGCAAGAUGAGUAUCCAGGAGUUUGAAAUGAUUGCAGAGGAGGAUGAGAAGUGCAUGCACUGCUGUCGAUUCUUGCGCAGGAAGGAGAUGCACAAGCGUCUCAGCUUUGGCCCUAAGUUUGACAGUGUGGUGGAGUUGGACAGCGCCGAGGCCUUCCUGGAGGUCAUUGAGAAGGCGCACCGGCUCACCCUGGUGAUCGUACUAAUCUACGAGGACGGGGUCAAAGGUUGCGAGGCACUCAACUCCUGCCUGGACUGCCUGGCCACAGAGUACACCAGCAGCAAGUUCUGCCACAUCCAGGCGACCGCAACAGGUGCCGGCGAGCGCUUCUCAGACAACGUGCUGCCCACCAUUCUGGUGUACAAGGCAGGCAAGCUGCUAGGCAACUUCCUGUCCAUGACACAGCACCUCAGUGAGGAGUUCUUCGCUACCGAUAUCGAGGCGUCCCUCAGCGAGUAUGGCCUGCUGCCCAAGAAGGAGUUUGCGACCUGUCCUGAUGAGGAGGAUGCAGGUGUGGAGGUGGAAUAAGGGUCUUAAUAGGGUGUCAAUGACAGUCAGAGCACAUUUCUGAAUCUAUUAGCCUUCUAGGCUGCUGUAAAUGCAAUAUUUUUAGUUAACAGUAUCCACUAUCCAGUCAAGGCCGUUUAAGUUUAUCACAGGCAGCGUACAUUCACAUCAGCAAAGCUACAGAUUUCAGACAUCAGCUCAAUACUGUAUGUGUGUAUCACUAUGAAAUGCUUUUAUUCUCUAUGUGUGUGAGAUUGAUAAGUGGAUAAUAUUGCAAUCUUUGUUAAAGGUUGUAUUGGCGACACAGUAUAGGAUCCUGCGGUUGGAGUAAUGAACCCCCUUUUGGGGGCUUGGGCUUGUUUAUCACUAUUGACUCAACGUCAUUGCAUUCUGUGCUAUAUUUUCAUGUUUGAAUUCAAUAGGUUUAAUGUGUUCACCCCCAAUCAGUCAUUAAA